AUGACAAUUGACGAGUGUGAGGAACCAGCAGUGGAGAGAGAGGACAGCUUCUGUGCUACAUCACUGGAGACCAUAGUCUAUAGCACCUCAGAGCUCGGAACAAACACUCUGCAAGUUGUGUCAGCAGAGGCCAACGAGGAGGAGAACCAUUGGCAGGAUUUCUCCAUUACACCAGCAAUAAGAAAGAUAGCGGCCACGAAUACAAUAGUAGUAAGUCAUGCCCAGCACUAUGUCUAUCCUAUGUUCUACUGCCACGCAUCACACACCACAAUAGCUUACUUGGUUCCGCUACUUGGAGCUAAUGGAACCAGCGCCAAAGUCAUUGUUGUGUUUCAUACCAACACAUCGAAAUGGAAUCCAAAGCACUUGGCUUUUCAGGUGCUGAGACCCAAGGCAGGGACUGUUCCUAUCUGCCCAUUUCCUUCUAGAGGGUCACAUUGUCUGUGUGGCAAUGUCUUGAAGGGGUCAACUCCUGAGGUACGGGGGCCAAAUCCCUGCAUGGACCCAAUGGCGAGCUCGAAUUUAUCUUAA